AUGGAGAAACAAUUCUUGGGCAUGGAACUGCAGCAUGUGCCCCGAGGCACGAACAAGGAAGCCGACGAGAUCGCCAAGAGGGUGUCCAGGCGCCUGCCUCAGGAGCUUGUCAUCUUCGAAGAACGGCUCUUCAAGCCUUCGGCAGCCCCUCCGGCUGCGGACCCAGCGCCGCCUCAGGAGGGGCUUCCGCCACCACCAGCCUCCGGAGCCCCAGCCUGUGGUCCAACCUCAGGAGCCCACCUGCUCCUGGCGCUCGAGCCUCAGGAGGGGUGUUGGACCGAAGAGUUUAGGGCGUACCUGAUGCAAGGAACGCUGCCAGAGCAGGAGGAAGACGCGGAGCGCGUGGUCCGGCAGGCUACAGCGUACUGCAUCUGGGAUGGUGAGCUGUACUGA